CUAAAUAUUAUUAGAAAUAUUUUCUAUAGAAAUAUACAAGAUUAUUAUUAUCCCAAUUUUAAUCUUUAUAUUUUAUACUACUAUAAUCUUUACUAGCAUAAAGAUUGUGGUAGACUCCGGCGUUGUUCGUGUGUCAAAGUUGGAGACCGGACGCUUGAACGGUUACGUUUGCACUUUCAACGCUCUUCCUACGACUUCUUCGUUUUUACCGCUUACGGAGAAAGCGCCAUUUCGAGGCCAUCGGUAUCACCUGAAAGAGUGGGGGAAUCGUACACCAGUUUCAGCUGAGGAAUAUUUUAAUAUGAAGCAUUCUAAAGCAAGAAAUGUAAUCGAACGCUGCUUUGGACUUUUGAAAGGGAGAUGGGGAAUACUUAGAUGCCCUUCAUUUUUCCCUAUACUCACUCAAGGUCGUAUUGUUUUGACAUGUGUUCUAUUACAUAACUUUCUUCGGAUUCACAUGCCAACAGAUAAUAAGUACUGUGGCAGAAUGAUGGCGAGUAGCCAAAGCACCAUGCGAACAAGUGAAACUUCUGAAAGCUUCGAUAACAAGAUUAAGCAUGGAAGAGGUAAGAACAAACGGUUUUGGUCAAGAGAUGAGGAGUGGGGUCUGGUGCAUCUUCUUAUGGAGUUAAGCACAGAUCCUAAGUGGAAAGCUGAUGGGAACUUCAAGAAUGGGUACCUGUAAAAACUAGAAAAAUUAAUGAUCGAAAUAUUUCCUGGGUGUGGAUUGACAUCAACUCAAAUUGAAUCCAAAGUGAAACAAUUUAGGGAAAAGCAUAAUGUGAUAAUGGUGAUGCUUGGCACUUCAGGCUUCUCUUGGGAUGACAAAAACAAGAUGAUAAAGUUUGAAAGACAAUCUUACAAUGAAUUUCUCAAAAUAGAGCUAAUGGAGGUGCAUGUGAAGAUUUUGUGGAAGCUGUGGAAACCCUUCGAACCGAUAAUGAAGCAGCUGGCAUUAA